CGUCAAUGGCAUUUAUGGAAAUAAAAAAAUGAGCUCUUCUUUUUCACUACUACUACUUCUUCUUCUUCUUCUUCUUCUUAUUGUUUCACCAUAAACACUUUCAAUUCUAUCCUUCUCCCUUUACCCUGGCCCUCUCUCUGUAACCAAAAUAUAUGAUAUUUUGGACUGCAGAGAGACAAGCUUGGUUAACUUUUCAUUUGCCUGCUCUAUGAAAGAUAUUGAAUCUACACAGUUGUUUUGUUGGGGUUAUGUCUUCUCAAAUGCCUGAGAAAGCUUCAAAAUUUUCAUGGAUUUUGAGGUCAAACCCCCUGGUUCACUGGUGGUUCAAGGUGCUAGUGAUGUUAGUAUUUCUUGGAAUCUUUGUUGUGUGGACCAUUGAUGGGUUGAAUGUGAAUACUUUUCAGAAAAGUUUUGUUGUGUUGAAAUUCAAUAGUUCUGGAAAUUUGUCACGAACCCAUGACGAUUUAAGCUUUAAAAAUCUUUCUGUGGAGCCCCGAUUAGUAAAACCUUACCAGGAAAACCAAAAUAACCAAAGCUUGGUACAAACCCAUGAAAAUUUUGGUCCUAAAAUUGCUCCUGCACCAGUUAAUUUGGACAAAAACCAACAAAAUUCAACCUCUGAGGAUGAGGGUUUGAAUAGCCGCCCUUCUGAAACGAGAAUUCUGGAUUGGAUUACAUCAGAGCUAGAGGCGAAUUAUUCAUCAAAGCUUCUUGGUAAUUGGUUGGCCCCGGGGGGUGAGCCUUGCAGGGAUUCGAAAACUGUGGACAUUAGUAUUCCAGGUUUGGAUGGUCAUGACAAAAUUGAAUUGUUAACUGGUAAUAUCCAUGAGUUUGUUUUCCAAGCAUUAGAUGACUCAGGGAAGCCACAUUGUUUGGGUGGUGAUUAUUUUGAAACUGAUAUCUCGGGGGAAUCAUGGAAGACUAGGCCUCCCAUUAAGGACUUUGGAAAUGGCACUUAUAGGUUCUCGCUUCAAGUCCAUCCUGAUUUUACAGGAGAUUUCAAUCUGACCAUAAUCCUUUUGUUCCGACAUUAUGAAGGAUUGAAAUUUUCACCUGAAAGAUUUGCGUUUGACAGGGUUCUCCGUGUGAUCCCAAUCAAAUUUCUAAAAUCCUCUGCCAAAUUACCGGAAAUGAUGCAAUGCAAGAAGUCUGAUUACAAUAGGGAUGUUUGGUCUGGGCGAUGGACUCGUCAUGCAAGGAAUGACAAAUGUCAAAUUAGCAAUGAUGGGCGAUAUAGAUGUCUGAAUCCUAAUUUUCCGUGCCAACAUCCAUGGUGCAAUGGUCCUUUGGGUGUGCUGGAAAGUAAUGGGUGGAUAUAUUCAACCCAUUGUUCAUUCAAGAUGUUUUCAAGCGAAGAAGCUUGGAAUUGUUUGAGCAAUCACUGGAUUUUCUGGUGGGGGGAUUCAAAUCAUUGUGACACUAUUCGUAACAUCCUGCGCUUCAUUUUGGACGUCCAUGAUAUUGAGGCUGUUCCAAGAAGAUUUGAUAUGAACAUCACUAAUCCGAAAAAUCCCUCUCAGAUGGUCCGGUUCACAAGUAUUUUCAAUGGUAAUCCAAAUGCUACCGGCAAUUAUCAGGGCUUGAAUUCAUUAAUUAAUGCAGAGUACAGAGAAUUGCUGAAGGGUUACUUUUCAGGAAAUGCUGUUCCUAACUCUGUGAUAAUGAAUUCAGGCUUACAUGAUGGAGUAUUUUGGCCUAAUAUCCGGAGAUUUAUAAAGGGGGCUGACUAUGCAGCAUCAUUUUGGGCCGAGAUAGUCAAUGGGGUGAGGAAAAGAGGACUCAAGCCACCAGAAAUCAUAUACAGGACUACAGUAACUACGGGUGGAUAUGCUAGAAGGCUUGCAUUUAAUCCUCAUAAAAUGGAGGCCUUCAAUGGGGUAGUACUGGAAAAGUUAAGGCAAUAUGGAGUUCUUGAUCGAGUGAUUGAUGAUUUCGAUAUGACCUAUCCAUGGCACUAUGAUAACCGGUGCAACGAUGGGGUGCACUACGGACGGGCUCCUGCAAAAUUGAAGUGGAGGGAUGGCCAGAUCGGGCACCAAUACUUCGUCGACCUAAUGCUUGGCCACGUGCUUCUCAACGCACUGUGUGUUAGAUAAUGUGAUUGAGCAACAGUGGUGCUAACACGCAGCGUUGGUAUUAAUGAUGCUUGUUUGGUGGGGUGAGAAAUUGGGGUAAAUAUUUUGUCUUGGCCGGUAAAUUUCAAGCUUUGAUGAUUAGAUUUUGACUGAUGCACUCGGCCAAAACAAGAGAUGAUAUUUCGAAUUCGAGGGACAGCUAUGGAGGGUGGGGUUAUAUAUCAUAAACUCUUAUUUUCGUUCUCGACAAUUCUUUUUUCUUUCUUCCUGCUUGUAGAUUGAACAUUAUAGCACUAUAUUAUGACAGCUAUGUGAAGAAUUUCGAAUUUGGACAGAUUUUAUGAUUUAUUUUUUAUUUUUUUGGGUA